UCAAGAGAGAACUCAAGUCGGCAUCAAGACAUGACCCAAGAUUUUGCUUUCAGCCCCUUGACUUGAGACAAGUCUUGGUGCCGACUCGAGUUCUCUCUUGAGUCAAAGCCCAAUGCAAACCGGAAAUGAAGAGGCCUUGGAAGCUGAGUACCGGUUAGGCCCUUCCUACUCAAGUCAUGACUCAAGAUUUUUCCAUCAAGACAACCCUUGUGCGGACAUUAGAAUGUGUAAUACCGGUACCGGUACACAAUACUAGCAUCCAGCCGGAGGUGAGUUCACAUUCAAUGGACGUGAGUGAAACUACAAAGCACCCUUCAACCUUGGAGCCAAUGUUGACUUCUUUGACGCUCUCACUCUUCCGAUCUGUCUGUGUCAGUGACACUCCUCGACUCCAACUCCUCCCUUCCCCGAAAUAGAAGCACAAAAAAAAUAAUGAGCUCCAAAGGACCCCAGGACGCCGCCGUCAAUGAGGGCGCGCCGUUGACCGGAAGCACAAGCAAUGGCGCGUACGGUUCAGCGGAAGAUGGGGCUGCAUCUAACCAGCCUACUGCGUUGAAAGAUAUUCUGCGAAAGGCUCCAUCUGAUUUGCGUGGAUCCAUGCAAAGCAUAAGAGAUUUGAUUGAGGAACACACAGGAAAAAUUGGCUACUUGGGAUCUUAUGCGAUUGCCUGCAAUUCCCUUACGGGUCCAGCGAUGCUGCACUUACCGGCCACAUUUCAUCGAUCUGGCCUGAUCCCAACACUCUUUGUCCUCAUUUUUGUUUGUAUCUUGGCGGCCCUAUGUUCACUCCAUAUGGCAAACACAAUCUCAAAAGUUCCUGGUAACUCCAACUUCAAGGAAGAGGUUGAAUACGCUGAAGUUUUUCGCUUCUUUUGGGGAGAGAGGGCCUACAUGCUAGCCCAACUCUUGUUCUUUCUUUGUAUCUCGUGCCUGAAUAUCUCGUCCAUUGUGGAUACAGCCCAAACGGUUGAUACUGCCCUUGGCAACUAUGCCGGUUCUGUGGCACUCCAGAUUUCCUGGGAUCCAGAGGAGGACACCUUAAGUUGGAUUCAUUGGGUAGCCUCGGAAUGCUCCCAGGAAGUGAAGAUCGCAGGUGAUUGUCUACCCUACGUUGACGACGGCGAAGACUCGUCGGUUAUCCUUACAGCGGGAUAUAUGAUAGUUGUCGUCAUCUUUUUGCCCAUGGCAUUGAUGGAUCUGAAGGAAAAUGCUCUCUGGCAGAUCGUUGGGUUCAUUGUCAGUAUCCUGGCAUCUUUUCAGUUCGCCAUUGCGUUCAUCAUGGAAGGAUUGGACUUUUCGAGUCAGUCACUAUGGGGUGAAAGUUGGAGUGCACUUUUUGGUGUCAUCUUAUUCAACUUUGCCUUGGUUAUUGCCAUCCCUGCUUGGCUUUAUGAAAAGGAAGAUUCUGUCGACGCCGCCAAUGUGAUCAAUGGAUCCUCUGUUCUGUCUGUGGUACUCUACAUUCUUGUGGGAGCCUUGGGCUCAAUGGCCAUGCCCAAUGUGUCCGAGAACAUGCUCGAGUCCAUGGAAUCAGGAGCACAUGGAGUGAGUCUCCAAAUUGGUGCAUCCAUUUUUGCAUUUUUCAUCAUUGGUCUUGGCAUACCGUUGUUUAGUGUUUUGACACGCUACGGUUUGGUUGGCAGCAAUCAGUUCUCCACAAAGGUCGCCAACAUGCUGGCGGUGUACUUUCCCUUUGGUGUUGGCUGGAUGCUGUAUGAAGGCCAGGGCAUCACCAAUUUGCUGUCCUGGGGUGGAGUCAUCUGUACCAGCUUGGUGGCGUUUAUCCUUCCCCUGCUGGUGGCUCUCCACACAGUCGAAGAGAACGAACAUGAAGGAUUUGUCAGUGUGUACGGCAUUUACUUGAGCUGCUUUCCAAGUCUCGAGCACGACAAGGGAGCACAAAUUAGGGUUCUCAAAGUACUGUUGGCACUGGCCGUUCUCUCCAUCAUUGCCGCCAUUAUUGGAAACAUCGAGGGAGACGCUUAACUAACUAGAGUUCUCCCUCGACAAGGAUCAGGAACGAGUGGUGGUGAAAGAUAGAAAUGAAUUCCGAUGCCCCAAGUGAUCGGAGAAAGCGUAUAUCAAGAGUCUAUGCCUUUGGAAAUGGAUUGACAGAGGCAAUGCACUAUACAUCAUGAUACAAUUGCGUGUUAGGUUGUUAAGCUAAUACAUUCUUCUAUUAUGCGAGAUGGCUUGAUUUCUGGCUAGCAUUGUGGCUCAAGGAGGAAACUUCCAGUAUUCUCCCUGGAAUUCAAGCAUUUUCUACAUCAUGAUUCGAUUUUUGUUUUAUGCCACCACAUCUUGGGGCUCCUCCCCUGGAACAGCCGAUUUCGAAUUUGAUUCCUUACCACCAGGCUCAGUGAUUGGUAAUAAUAAAGAACUCUUUGUAGGUGACAAUUUGUCGACUUUGGCCUGAUUGUGAGCCAUGCUGUUGUCGUGUGCUUUUGUUGGUACCACACGGGUCGUCGUCAUUCCAAAAUUUUC